AUGUCGUCGUGCCCGCACCAACUCGUCCGGACCCGUCUUAACGGAUUGCUCUCGCCGCAAUGUCGGAGCCCAGGCCGAUGGCACCGCGAGUCGGGGACAGUGAACGUUGGUUAUAGAGCGCGCCUGUCAACACAUCAUGCAGUCACAGAACCUGGCGCAGCACCUGAUGCUCUGGACUCCUCUUCAUAUCGAAAUGCCAGCGAUACGGUCAGCAGUUCACGGCCACCACCAAAUCAACAACCAGACCAGGUCGGAGCGCACGAGCACGAUGGAUAUUCACAGCCGUCAGGGCAUCCCCGGAGAGCCCGAUUUCAGCGGUCUUCAUCAACACCUAUUAUAACGAAGGACAAAAUGAAAAAGGUGGCAUAUGUGCGGCAUGCCGACCCCAAGCUUGUGGCCAUGGCGGCUGAGAGAGUCAACCGCGAAAUUCUAAAGAAGAGUAAAUACUUGACAGACCGAGGGCUGUAUUUGGCACUUGCGACCCGAUUGAAUUCGAUUUAUACGCGUGAACUGGGACUCCGUCAGUGGAAGGAGGCCUAUUCGGCGAUCUACCAUGCCAAGAAAGAGCAACGUGAGGUCUUGCACCCUUCUGCGUUGCCAAAAUUGAGAGAAGACGGCGAGCAGCUGCUAGCUGUUCUCCUUGAUGACUGUCAAGGCAAAUUCCGAGAAGCAUGGCUGGCCAUGAAUCGGGCUUCCAGGGCCUGGGCCUGGCAGCGCCUAGCCAUUUGGCUGCUGCAACAUAACCCGGCAGCGGUCCUGGAGUUCCUAGUCGUCACAACUGAACCCCAGGAAAAGCCAGAUAUGACUAUGAUUGUUGAUUGCUUGAGUUAUUUGGAGAAGUUCCAUUACGAAGAACUCCGAGAUUGGCAGAGCGGCCCCCUCACAUUCGACUCGGUUGUUGCAGCGACAUUGGAUCCAAAAGAUUGGCCAAUCAUAUCCCCGCCGCAGAAGGGCAUACGUCUAUACAUCCGUCGAGCUGGCUUCUUGGGUGUAUACGAAAGUUUCCGCCUGAUGGGCGAGCGAGGGACCACGAUGGAAGCGCAAACAGCACUCUGCUACAUGAAUCAAUUCACGCACUUCAAGGACGUGGAAUAUGCUCUCAAAGCCCUCGAAUAUGUUCGCAAGAUCAAUGACCCAGAAUUCUCUCUGGAUUCCGAAGGAGUCGUACGACACUGUUGCAAACUCCUGACUCUGGACACCGUUGAGGAUAAAGCCGAAGGACGCAAUUUCAAGAUCCUUCCACGGCUUCUCAAGAUGGGCGUACAGCCUGACCGGGACAUGAUGAAUCUUGUGUUGGCCAAUGCCUACAAGACUGGCGAUCCACAACUGGGAGCGGAUAUGCUACAAUUCAUGAAACUUCAUAACCACGAAUUUGACUCUUACACCUACGUGACUCUGCUCACUGAUGCGGUUUCCAGAGGUGACCGGGGUCGUGUGGACGAGCUAGUUCAGGAAGUGGAGAUGCAAGAGGAAAUACGAAGGCAUCCCUACAUCUUCAGCAAGAUUUUCCAUGCCCAUUUCACUUUUACCGCCAAGCAUAUCGACCCGGAGAGCGAUCCUGCUGGAGUCUUUUACUCCAUGCUCGACAUGUACACCAAACUUCACGACAUCACACCACUAAAAGAGCUCCUUCUCCUCCCUCCCCAAUAUACACCCCCACCAAACAAUGGACCCGAACUCAAGACCCCUCCGUCUCCGGUAUCCUUGUUCCUCAUGAUCGCAACAUUCUUCCGCUGCCGGAAUCGGAUCUCACAAGUGCAUCACAUGUACGACAGAUUCCGCGAGCUCGUGCAGCAGGGGCACCCAUCCAUUGCUCCUUUGGUCGAAACCGACCACGUCUAUAAUGAGUUCCUCAUCGCCUACCGCAAGAGUAGCCGUGGGCUGCGGUCUAGCGUACGUCUUGUCGAAGACAUGCUCGACACAUCUUCCCUCCCGAAGGAGACUACAGAGGGCAAAGCUAUCAAGCCUAUCGCGCCCACACCGCGCACUUGGACCAUCCUCCUCAGUGCCUUCAAUUACAGUCGCCAGCCUGACGCAGCACAGAAGGUUCGAGACAUGAUGGCCAAGCAUGAUGUGAAGUACAACCAGGUGACCUGGAAUACUAUAAUCAACGGCUUCGCGAAUGCGCAGGAUAUUCCCGAGACAGCUGCUGCGAUUACGAUGAUGGAGAAGGAAGGCUUCGCCAUUGAUCAUUACACAAUGAAGAGUCUGCGCUAUCUCCGCGAUCCUGAACGUCUUUGGGUAGCGAUCGAGGAGAUGGAUGAGAGCCUUGCAUCGGAUGCAGCUCGCAUGUCUCUUGCUUCUGAGCCCACUUCUGACGUGCACAGUGAUCAGAAGGAGCGUGAUGAGCUGAUCGACAGUGGGCUGGAGAAGCUGGAGUUGAAGUUGAAGCCUAAGAUGUAA